AAGAGCUUAAAUUUUCCUGUGCGCCGCUCUCCUCCACUUCUGUCUCUGGUCAGCAUCACAGCCAAAGGUAAGCCAUGGUUAAGCAUAACAACGUUAUACCAAAUGGCCAUUUUAAGAAGCAUUGGCAGAACUAUGUGAAAACCUGGUUUAAUCAGCCUGCAAGAAAGGCGAGAAGAAGAAUCGCGAGGCAAAAGAAGGCCGUGAGGAUCUUCCCAAGGCCAACUGAUGGACCUUUACGUCCGAUUGUCCAUGGCCAGACUUUGAAGUACAACAUGAAGUUGAGAUCCGGCAAGGGUUUCACUCUUGAAGAGCUUAAGGCUGCUGGUAUAUCGAAGAAAUUGUCACCUACCAUUGGUAUCGCAGUUGAUCAUCGUCGUAAGAACCGAUCUCUUGAAGGUCUUCAAGCCAAUGUUCAGAGGCUUAAGACUUACAAGGCUAAGCUCGUUGUCUUCCCACGACGUGCUCGCAAGUUUAAGGCUGGUGAUUCUUCUGCCGAGGAGCUUGCAACAGCAACCCAAGUCCAAGGAUCAUACAUACCCAUUUUUCGUGAAAAGCCUUCAGUUGAGCUGGUGAAGGUCACCGAGGAGAUGAAGUCAUUCAAGGCCUACAACAAGCUUCGUGUUGAAUGUAUGAAUGAGCGCCACAUUGGUGCCAGGUUGAAGAAGGCUGCCGAGGCUGAGAAAGAAGACAAGAAGUAAGGGGUUGUUUUUCGAGGGAUAUGUUCUGCUAUUUAGCUUGGCAGCAGAAUUUAGUUUUUUGUUUCCAUAAUGUCAGACUAGUUUAUAACAGCUUUAGAGAACUUCGGUAUUACAUUUGUAAGCCAGAUUUUGAGACUUUAAUUAAUGACCUGAGAUGUGAGACCUAUUUAUCUAUAUCCAUUUUCUUUCA